GCCGUUCCACUGUUCGAAGGAAAUUUGCAUGCAAUUUCAAGGCGAAAUUUUACCAGGAAACAAAAUGACAUUACUCGUAAUAUCGGCAUUACUUUUGUCUGUAACUACGUUCUGUACCGCAGAUUGCCCAGAUGGUUUUUCAAAGCAUGGCGGGUCCUGCUACAAGGUUGUGCGAAUAAAAGCUACAUGGGCUGAGAGUGACAUUUAUUGUCAUUCUGCUGGCGCUGACCUUGCCACCAUUGAAACGCCAGAAGAACAGCGUUUCUUAGAGGGACAUCUAGCGACAAAUGCCGGAGCAUAUGACCCACCCCAGUUUUGGAUCGGUGGAAACGAUUUUGCUGAGGAAGGAACUUGGGAAUGGCUCAAAUCAAAGACGCCAAUAAGUGCGCAGAGUUACUCGAACUGGAUAGGCGCGACGUCACCACCCAUCAAUUCGGACGAGAACUGUCUGAUGGUAACCAAAGGGCAACACUAUAAGUGGGAAGACAACAACUGUGACGAUAAAUAUUUCUUCAUCUGCGAAAAAGAUGCCUAUGCAAAUGUCGGCAUCGUCAUAGGAUGAACUAUCCCAGCUCAGCAACACUUCGAUAAUCUGAAAUCAGAUCUGCCAAUAAAAUCAUUAUGAUGGAAAAA